AGACCUGGGUGCUGGGGAUUUUCAGUGUCCAGUUUGAUGAGUUUCAACAAAUGUAUAUUUGGUCACGUAAUUAUCACCCCAGACAAUACAUAGAACACUUCUGUCACCCCAGACUCAUGCCUCUCGUGUCCCUUUACAAUCAACUUCCCUCAGCCAACCCAGGCAGCUUCUUACUGGAUUGCUCUCACCGUAGAUUCCUGUUCUAGGAUUUCAUAUAAAUGGACUCAUGCAGGAUAUACUCUGGUGUCUAUGCCCGUCAGUUUCUGCCAGCAGUUUGUUGAGUCCCUGCCACACUGCCAACUUUGCUGAUACCCUGCUGCCCCCCUCCCCAGACAUAUACGCGCCUGUAUCUGCCUUCAUCUCCAUGGGAGCAAAUUAGUUUUUUCACCAAUUCUAGGAAAAGUGUGGUUCCCCAGCCCAGAUACUGCAUUAACUCGAACUUAUUCCACCCUCUGACAUUUCUACAUAAAAAAGGUUUGGAGCAUGAAAGGGGCGGCAAAUUGAAUGCUGUUUCCCCCCAUUUAUGCUCCUAAUGAGUCUCGGUUAUUCCCUCACUACCACAUGGGCCUCAUUGAGAUAAUAGGAUUUGCAAAGAAAGUCUCUGGGAGACAGAAGGCUGUGCAUCCCCUCCCCCCUAUCCAUUAAGGCAGAACCUAGGGUUUCCUCUGUAAAUCCUGAAUGCAUUAGUGGCCACUGGGUUGAGGGUCAAAUGUCAAAUACUCCACUGUGAAGGGAGAGGACAUCUGUGGCUAAUUAGACCACUAAUUGGCUAAGCUGGGGACAGGGAAGGGCAGGAUGCUCGCUCUCAGCUUGGUGCCAAUGGGAAGCCAGCCCGUCAGCCUCCAGCUCCCUGAAGGGAGAUGAAAGCCAAUGGGAAGGUUUGUUUGCAGUGGGGGCAAGGCACCCUACCCCAUCUCGUCCAGUUCAGCCUAAGGCAGGACAUGGCUUGAGAAGCUGACCCUGUUUUAAUCAGGAGGGGAAGAGUGAGCCAGUGGCCAGAUGCCUACCUCUUCUUCUUGCUUUAAAUUUAAUUAUUUACUUUGGAGAUGAGUUAUACACCCACACAAACUCAUCCAGCUUUUUUUCCUACCCCAACCCAACAUCUUGAGUGACCCAUCAAUUUGUAUGAAAACGUUAAAGGCCUCAGGACCCACAUAGGUUGUGUGAUGUUUAUUCAUUGAUCCACCUAUUGCUACAUUUGACAAAUAUUUAUAUAGUACCUGCCAUAUGCAAAUCAUGGGGCCAAGCACUGUGGAGCCUCCAGAGAUCAGUUAGAUGACCUUUGCUUACAAGGAUCAGUAAUACGAUCUUGCCUCACUUAUAGUCUAGCAAGCUUGUGAGGUUGAUAAGCAUUAACUACAAUGUGAGGGAGGUUGUGUGAUGGCCAAAGGAUGGAUACAAACACUACUUCAGAAAUUCCAGAGUGAGAGAGAACAUUUAUGGCCUAGAGAAUCAUGGAAAGCUUCAUGGAGUAGGUGCUUUUUGAGCUGGAAUUUAUCAGGUUGGGAGAAUUUCAAUAGGUGGAGAUGAGGUUGGGAACUUCUUGGAAGAGAAGAGCAGAAAGACAAGGAGGGAAUCCGCGGACAUGCUUUUUUUGAUCAAUGAGCUGAGCAAUGUCCCUGUGCCUGUCAUGCUAAUGCCAGAUGACUUCAAAGCAUACAGCAAGAUCAAGGUGGACAAUCAUCUCUUCAAUAAGGAGAACCUCCCCAGCCGCUUCAAGUUUAAGGAGUACUGCCCCAUGGUGUUCCGGAAUCUCCGGGAGAGGUUUGGGAUUGAUGAUCAGGAUUACCAGAACUCAGUGACGCGCAGCGCCCCCAUCAACAGUGACAGCCAGGGCCGCUGUGGCACGCGCUUCCUCACCACCUACGACCGGCGCUUUGUCAUCAAGACCGUGUCAAGUGAGGAUGUGGCUGAGAUGCACAACAUCUUAAAGAAAUACCACCAGUUCAUAGUGGAGUGUCACGGCAGCACCCUUUUGCCGCAGUUCCUGGGCAUGUACCGCUUGACCGUGGACGGCGUCGAGACCUACAUGGUGGUCACCAGGAAUGUGUUCAGCCACCGGCUCACUGUCCACCGCAAGUACGACCUCAAGGGCUCUACUGUCGCCAGAGAAGCCAGUGAUAAGGAGAAGGCCAAGGACUUGCCAACAUUCAAAGACAACGACUUCCUCAAUGAAGGGCAGAAGCUGCAUGUGGGAGAGGAGAGUAAAAAGAACUUCCUGGAAAAACUGAAGCGGGACGUAGAGUUCCUGGCCCAGCUGAAGAUCAUGGACUACAGUCUGCUGGUGGGCAUCCACGACGUGGACCGGGCGGAGCAGGAGGAGAUGGAGGUGGAGGAGCGGGCGGAGGACGAGGAGUGCGAGAACGACGGGCUGGGGGGCAACCUGCUCUGCUCCUACGGCACGCCUCCCGACAGCCCGGGCAACCUCCUCAGCUUCCCCCGCUUCUUUGGCCCCGGGGAGUUCGACCCCUCUGUUGAUGUCUAUGCCAUGAAAAGCCAUGAAAGUGCCCCCAAGAAGGAGGUCUAUUUCAUGGCCAUCAUCGAUAUCCUCACACCGUACGACACGAAGAAGAAAGCUGCCCAUGCUGCCAAGACGGUGAAGCACGGGGCAGGGGCCGAGAUCUCGACUGUGAACCCUGAGCAGUACUCCAAACGCUUCAACGAGUUCAUGUCCAACAUCCUGACGUAGUUACCUGCUACCUUCAGCCAGAGCCAGAGAGCCGGAUGUGGGGUCGGGGUCGGAAAAGGGAGAGGGUGUAUUUGGGCUGGAUGGGAGGGUGGGGAGCAGAGUGGGGAGGGUGGGGCGCAGAGGGGAGGGCUCUGGUGAGGAGCCGGCAGCCCAGGAUGGAGAGACUAGCUGGGGGGGAGGGGAGGUGCUGCGUGCUCACGUACUCACAGGGUGCACCUCACCUUCCGCUCACCCUGGAUUUGCCCCCCAUUUGACCCAGGUUGAAAAGGGGUUUCCUUGUAACUUUUUACAAUACCUUGGGGCUAGAGAGGACUUUGUAGGUUUAUGUGGGUUUCGUUUCUGCAAUCUCAUCGCUCCAGGUUUGCUAUUUAUAAUGAAGUAUGUCAUCACCCCAUCACCCUCCCCAUCCCUGCCCUGCUCUGAGCUCCCUUUAAAGAGGCCCCCCAUGGACCCGGCCGAGGGUCCAAGCACUCUGACACCAGAGGAGAGGAAGUCAGACACCUCAGCCCUGCUGCACUGGGUCUUGUCUGGAUUAACUUUUUAAUUUUAUGGAGUACUGUGUACAACUUCCUCCACCUUUUCGCCUCGGAUCCAAGUGAAACGUUACCGGAUUCCUCCAUGUAAAUGCUGUCCUCCCGAAGGAACGCUCCAGAUCAACAUCAGGCAUCUUGGAUGAGGAGAGAUCUCCCAGGGGCGUGAGUUGAUCCUCAUGGGAUGGUUGGGGGUGGGGGUCGUGGCUGGGCACUCGGACAGCUGGUCCUCACAGAACCCCCUGGACAUCACCCAUGCCCCUGGCCCCUGGCCUUGUCACGUCCUGUCUAUAAAGCCUGCCUCCCGCUGGGUGAAGAGGAACUAGGAAGCAUCUUUACGGAUAGCAGGACCCCCAGACGCUGCGGGGUGUCAAAUGAGGCCUUGUGCCCUCCAUCCAUUUACUUCCUCUGACCUUGGCCCAGGUGGCCGCCCUUGUACUGGAGCUUUUUGCUGGGGCCCAUCUCCACACGCCUGGGGCGCUCCUUGCAGAGAUAGGUCUUCAAGCGCCAGGGCCACCGUGUAGAUGAUCUGAUGCCCUGUGCCUGCGGUCUGUCCCCUGGACGGUCGUGGCCAGCAGGGUGUGCGCCCCCCCCCCCACCUUGGAGGGUGGCACCCAAGCCUGAGGUUGCUUCAGAGACACUUGAGGAGGGGACCCAGGAAAUGCAACUUGGAGGCUUGGUGUGGGGGAUCGACCUGGCCCCGCCUUUGGGACUGUUUUCCUUGAUGCCCCCGUCUCGACCUUUAGCAGACCUGCCAGCCCCGGGCUUCCCCAGGAGUGGCAUCCUGCAGCUUUCUUCAGGGCCUCCGCCCAGCUGCUGAGCGACCCAGUUCUCGGAACUGAGCCCCGUGCCCUCCUGUGACACCAUCAGAGCAGUCUGGUCUGGCUAGGAAGGAGACAGCCCUGUGUCGGGGGAGGUUCAUUCCUGCAUCUUCUCACCCCCUCACCAGGAACUGGGGAUUUAGGAUGAGAUAUGGUAAAACUUGUAGAUAACCCCACAGAUGCGAAGGAAGUUUGUAGAAACAUUGGAACGAAUGGAUUGGUUUCCUGUGGCUCCCUCCAAGCCUGGCCGAGCUCAGCUCCUGAAGCAGGAACCAGCACCAUCUCCGGGCCCUACCCGCAGCUUUUAGGUCAGAGAGGAAUGGAGGCAGCAUUCUUGGACCCCGCGGGGGCUGCUGGAACCGUUCUGGAAGAGGCAAACAGGUCAAACGACCGCCCUGGCUCCGGAAAGGGGUCGCAGGUAGCUCCGAACCGCAGCGGCAAGACCACCAAGUGACUUGGGGAAGAACUUGGAACCAAGCGGCUCAUGGAGGAAAUCGAUCUGACUUAGGAAGGGAUUACGUAGGAAUAAUGUUUGGACUUGAUUUCCCCACCUCCUAAUCAAGAAUGAAAAUUUAGAUCUGCCCCUCGAGAGGCCCAGCAUCUUCCGAGCUUGGCGGGCUGUGCUCCCGCCGCCGCCCGAGCCUUGGGCUCCCGCCGGCUUCCUGCAUUUGGUCCGCUGAUCAUGUUGCCAUCGUGUGUAUGAAAAGUGUCACAUAACCCAUCAGUUAAAGAGGAGCUACCAGGUAUCUAACUUCUUUAACAUUGAGUUUUUGUGUUUUUAUGGGUUUUUCUUUUUUUUUUUUUUUUUGGUAUAUUGUUUACAUUUUGAGAGUAGCAUUCUGUUUCAAAUGCUCUUUUUGUUUUUCUGACAGUAUUGUUUGGGUCAAAACAUUUGAACUGUGGUUGGAUGGAUUUUAGAUUUUUUUUUUAAAAGGUCCUUCUCUGUGCUAUCUUCAAAACCUUGGGUUUAGCCCUCUAAUUCCUUUGGCAUUCGAAUGUUCAAAAGCUGUUUAUCUUGGUUUAUACCAGUUUUCUUUCUCUUUUUGUAAUGAUGCAGGUAUAUUUGGUUUGUGGUCUGAAUGUGGAGAAAGUGAACUGACCCCCCAGCUCAUGUCUGCCCCCAUUCCUUUCUCCGAGCCCCACCGUUCCCUCUCUGGGUUGUAGAAGGCGUCCAAGGGCAAGGGACUAGCCUCAGCCUCCCUCUCUGGAGCCAGGGAGAAAACCUCCAACAAUCUCACAGCAUCCCAGAAUAAUUUGGGGUCUCCCAAGAACGAGGGUGUAAGUAAGAAUAGGACAUGACUGACGGGGUGAAGCCUGGAGGGGGAAGCCUGUGCAAGAUUCCUCGCCCUUGCCCGCCUCAGCCGCCUCGCCAGUCGCAGCUUCUCCCGCCCUGAAGCCUGUGGCUGAGAAUCCAGUCUCCCGGGCCCCGCAGCCCAAGCGAGGGUUCUCCGAGAACGCCACUGAGACCACUAGAGGAAGGCCUCUGGCCCUUGUUCCUUUGAACAAACUACGGAGUGUGCCCCCCAGUGCGGGCUCCUUCCCCGUGCCCUGCGGUGUGGGGGCCCCCCCGCAGAAGCCAGCAGUUCCGGGAGCGGACUGAGCCGGUGCUCCCCCUCUCCUUACCUAGCUCAGGGGUUACUGGUCUGGGGCAGGUGCCGCGAGUCGCCCCUGUGGCUGGUCUCAGUGGCACCCCCUAAGUUCCCACCACAGGCAGCUCUUCUCCUCUCCCUCCCUCUUCCUCGUUUCUCUUGCCUGUGCUUUAGGCCUCAAACAGGUCCCCUGGUCGUGCUCAGGGCUGGGGACUACAGACUCCUGCCCUAACGUCCGCCAGGACCUGCCCUGGGGAGGUGGACCGAAGACCCGGGACUUUUCUCAGCAGCCAGUCCCCGCCCCCCCCAGUUGUCUUACCAGUUCAAGUGGGGAGGGAAGAAAUUUUGGCACUCCCUGGCAUUUGAGCUACUCAAGUGUCGGGGGCCAGAAGGGACUGUGUGUUUAACAGCUCUGACUUUAGAACUUACAGCUCCGGCCUUAGAACUGUGGCUCCCCCAAGUCUAGGGACCUCACUUCUUUCUGGCAGAAAUGGCGGUGGGAGGGUCCAGCCUGAGCACAGGAAUCCCAGGGAAAACCCAGUUGAACAACUGCCCCCAAAUCUACCAGCCAUCUGCAAGGGGCAGGGACAUGGCCCACCUUCCCUCGGACACGUGCCACGUACGACGAGCACCUCUAACGGAAAGAGGAGACUCAGCUGUCCCCAGCGUGUUGUGCUGAGAUCCUUGGGAGGCCGGGGAGGAAACUUGCAGGGGCCCCCUCCCCUGCUCAGAGCUGUUUUGUGAGUUGUGAACCAGCAGCCUUGGGGGGGGCCCGAGCUGCUUGGCACACCCGGACAUCAGGUCAGAUCAUGGUCAUCAAAAAAUGUGAAUGAAGCUUAGAUUCACCUCGGGGGGUAGUGGGACACACUGGCACCCGCCAUACGGACGUGACUUCUCGGUUUCUCGCUGCGACCUCCGUUUUUUUAAAUAGGAAUUUUCAACCCCUUGUGCUUGUCUAAUGUCUGCUCAGAACAGUUCGAGACCCUGUUACUGUUUUAAAAUGCAUGCAUGUUAAGAUGAAUCUCCAACCCAAGGAACAAAUAAAACUCAAAAAGCUUUGUGUA